AAAAAAAAAAAAAAAAAAAAAAAAAAAAAAAAAAAAAAAAAAAAAAAAAAAAAAAAAAAAAAAAAAAAAAAAAAAAAAAAAAAAAAAAAAAAAAAAAAAAAAAAAAAAAAAAAAAAAAAAAAAAAAAAAAAAAAAAAAAAAAAAAAAAACAAAAAAAAAAAAAAAAAAAAAAAAAAAAAAAAAAAAAAAAAAAAAAAAAAAAAAAAAAAAAAAAAAAAAAAAAAAAAAAAAAAAAAAAAAAAAAAAAAAAAAAAAAAAAAAAAAAAAAAAAAUAAAAAAAAAAAAAAAAAAAAAAAAAAAAAAAAAAAAAAAAAAAAAAAAAAAAAAAAAAAAAAAAAAAAAAAAAAAAAAAAAAAAAAAAAAAAAAAAAACAAAAAAAAAAAAAAAAAAAAAAAAAAAAAAAAAAAAAAAAAAAAAAAAAAAAAAAAAAAAAAAAAAAAAAAAAAAAAAAAAAAAAAAAAAAAAAAAAAAAAAAAAAAAAAAAAAAAAAAAAAAAAAAAAAAAAAAAAAAAAAAAAAAAAAAAAAAAACAAAAAAAAAAAAAAAAAAAAAAAAAAAAAAAAAAAAAAACAAAAAAAAAAAAAAAAAAAAAAAAAAAAAAAAAAAAAAAAAAAAAAAAAAAAAAAAAAAAAAAAAAAAAAAAAAAAAAAAAAAAAAAAAAAAAAAAAAAAAAAAAAAAAAAAAAAAAAAAAAAAAAAAAAAAAAAAAAAAAAAAAAAAAAAAAAAAAAAAAAAAAAAAAAAAAAAAAAAAAAAAAAAAAAAAAAAAAAAAAAAA